AUUUAUCUAUGUGUAGAUCGACAGCUAAAACUGUACACAUGGCAACACUAGUUCUAUGAAGGAAUAAAAUAUCAUUUACUGGUAGGGCUCAUUUUUGACGUAUUUGAUAUUUCGAGCUUGUUAGAAGGAAUAAGAUAGGAAUUAAGGAUGUUGUCACGCGUGAAUGGAUCAUUUAGCCCAAUAUGCAGUCAAAUCGUCGCUGUUCCUUCAACCCAGCAAAACAGGGGCAUGGCAACUCUGAAAACUAUUUCCAUGCGAUUGAAAUCUGUUAAGAAUAUCCAAAAAAUUACACAAUCCAUGAAGAUGGUGUCUGCUGCUAAAUAUUCUCGAGCUGAACGUGAAUUACAGCAAGCUCGUCCAAUUGGUAUAGGAGCUUCCCAAUUCUAUGAAAAAGCUGAAGUAACAGGAGCUGAAGACAAGCCAGACAAAUUAUAUGUUGCUAUUACCAGUGAUAGAGGUCUCUGUGGUGCUGUACAUACUGGUGUUGCUCGUGUGAUCAGGAAUGAACUUGCUGCCACUAAAGAUAACAUUAAAGUAGUUUGUGUUGGUGACAAAUCUAGAGCCAUUUUACAAAGAUUGUACUCCAAAAAUAUUCUUAUGGUAGCCAAUGAGGUUGGACGUAAACCACCAACUUUCCAAGAUGCAGCUAAAUUAACAAAUGCUGUAUUGAAUUCAGGUUAUGAUUUCGCAUCCGGAAAAAUAAUUUACAAUAAAUUUAAAUCUGUUGUCUCCUACAGUUCUGCUGAAUUACCAUUGUUUAGCCUGGGAGCUGUUGAGUCUGCCCCAAAAUUGGGUGUAUACGAUUCCUUAGAUGCUGAUGUCAUCCAAAGCUACUUGGAAUUUUCAAUGGCUUCAUUAUUAUUCUACACAAUGAAGGAAGGAGCUUGCUCGGAGCAGUCAUCCCGUAUGACUGCUAUGGACAAUGCUAGCAAGAAUGCAGGAGAAAUGAUUGACAAAUUGACAUUAACAUUCAACAGAACUAGACAGGCUGUCAUCACCAGAGAACUUAUUGAAAUUAUUUCUGGAGCUGCUGCUUUGGAUUAAAUUUCAUACAAAUAUUUUAAUAUGUGGCUUCAUCUAAGUAGCUCAAUUUAUUACAAUAUCUUUAAUACUUUGUUUAUUUUUAUUUUGAUUCUUG